AUGGCUGUAAAUCCCUAUGUCUACAAGCUAGACUUAUCACGUUUGAUGAGAAUCCAUCCAGUAUUCUAUGUCUCCUUAUUGUCACCCAUAUCAAAUGAUCCUGUCCCCGGACAACAACAACUUACACCACCACCGGUUGAAAUCGAAUCUCAAGAAGAAUGUGAAGUCGAAACAGUGUUGGAUUCAAGGAAAAGAUGCAACAGAUUUGAAUACCCUGUACGAUAUACUGGGUAUGAUGAACCAUUGUGGCAACCUUUGGAAGAGCUUGAGUAUUUGCCAAACCUAGUCAAAGAGUUCUACGAGCGCUGUCCAAACAAAUCAAAGCCUAUAAUGAGUUAG